UCGGACGGAUAGCUGUCGCGUCCGGGACCGGGCCGGGGGGCGCCUAGCAAGCAGAACCUACCUGAGAGAAACCGCCGGAGAAACUGGAGGGAGGGCGAGGGACGGCGAGGGCGAGGUUUCCCGGAGCAGGCAGAGGCAGGGAGGAGCACUCCAAAAAUCUCAAGUACUACUGGCCAUGGACGAUCCUGCUGCUCAGCCUCCUGUGGUUGCUGCUGCUCAGGCUCAGGCUCAGGCUCAGGCUCAGGAUCAGGAUCAGGAUAUCACGCCCUUGGUUAAUUGGGUCCCAGUGUUUGAACGAAGCAAAGCAUCGGUCUUCCUCAUCCAGUUUACACCAGUAAGACGUCGGGUGAAUGAAGCCCGGGUUAUCGCUGGGGCAGCCGGCUCCAAGACUCGAGAGCAGCCGAACGCAAUUUUCGCAUCACGGUGGCUAACAGAAACUGGCAUCUCCUCGCACAUGGAUGGCGCCUACCUCUACAUUCUCACCACCGCACACAUUGUGGAUCAUCUGUUCCAUGCGGUCUACAGGCUAAUUGAUCCAGCCACGGUGAACCGGCUCUUUACAAUCGAGGUCACAUGUUUCCAUGCCGAGAGAGACUUCGCAGUUAAUAGGAACAUGGUCGGGGAUCGCACCUACACGCCGGCGACGGUCUGCGGGAUUGACUGCCUGAGGGAUUUGAUGAUGCUGCGCGUCGAUCGGGCAGAGCUGGCCGUGAGGGGCGUCGGGCAGCAGAGGGUGCAAUGCACACGGCAGCACCCGGUUCUGCAGUUUGACGGAACACGCGAGUUUGGCAUGCAGUGAAUGCUCGUUUCGUGGCCUGCCUUCCGUCCCUGCACCUUCGCCACGGGCCUUCAGUGCCUCCACCGGUUUCUGACUGGCAUGAGCACCAACCCAGUUGGGUAUGAUAUGGAGCUGCUCGAGGCUUACAUCGGAUCCGAUCAGGGGUCCUCGGGAGGCCCUCUCUUCAACGCCGCUGGCCAGGUAAAGGGUAUUCUACACGGAGGGAGUGGGACGC